AUGAGUCAACAAUCUUUUUUAUUUAGCUCAAAAUUUAACAAAAAAUUAAUCUAUAAGUUACCAACAAAUAAAUAUCAGGACUUUACAAAUGCCUAUGUAUACAGCAUUAUAAUUAAGACAGGAAAUGGUACUCCUAACCGUGCUAAAGUUUGUUAUGAAGUUGCACAAGAAUGGAAUAAGAUUAAACUUAAGAACAAAACAGAAAUUGACGAUAUAAUUAGAAUUUACCUUACUACGCCAUUUAAUCUAUAUGAUAUACAAACUUUAGGACCUAGACAUCCUCUUUUAACUCUCAGCAAAAGUUUAAAAACUGCAUCUUAUAUUGGGUUACACUAG